CCUUUGUUAUAUCCUGUUGUAACUUAUAUGUACCUGGAUCCUACCUGUGACUGCUGGCAUAUCUGCGACUGCUGUGCUCUCUGCCAUGGGAUAAUUUGACCGACCGGAGCAAGCAACCCCUCGACUCGCAAUGGCCGCCCAAACCCUGUCGCUGCGGGACCGCCAAGUUGUGUCCGUCCAGAAGAUCCUCAACUUAAACCACGAGAUCCAGCCCGCCGGGGAUAGCCAGACUGACGGUGCAGGCCUGAUAUCCCAGUCGACUCCGAUCUUGAACGAAGACGGCGAUCCCAUCUGGAAAGUGUUGGUAUUUGAUAACAAGGGCCGAGACGUCAUCAGCAGUGUACUGCGAGUGAAUGAUCUGCGUGCCUGGGGUGUGACUAUCCACCUGAACAUCAAUUCUCCACGAUACCCCAUCCCCGAUGUCCCUGUUGUGUACCUCGUCGAACCUACCUUAGCCAAUGCGCAACUCAUCACUUCCGAUCUCUCCCGUGGACUUUACUCUCCUGCUUACGUGAACUUUCUGUCGUCGGUGCCACGGCAGCUCCUGGAAGAUUUCGCCUCGCAGAUCGCGACAACGGGCACAGCAGAACACGUCGCACAGGUUUUUGACCAGUACUUGAAUUUUAUUGUUGCAGAGCCGGACUUGUUUAGCUUGGGCCUGGGUAACGACUCCUACUGGAAGAUUAAUAGUGCUCAGACAAGCGACGAGGAUCUUGACGAUGUCGUGGAUAAAAUUGUCAACGGGCUUUUUGAUGUUAGCGUAACUAUGGGCGCUAUUCCGAUUAUUAGAUGUCCAAGGGGUGGCGCGGCAGAGCUGAUUUCGACAAAAUUGGAUCGCAAACUGCGGGAUCACAUACUAAAUUCGAAAGAGAACCUGUUUUCAGGAAAUAAGCGUGCAGGGGUCAAUGUGCCAUCGUCGCGUCCAGUCAUGAUCAUUGUAGACCGAAAUGUGGACUUAGUUCCAAUGUUGUCACAUGGCUGGACAUACCAAUCGUUGAUCCAGGACGUUCUCAAAAUGCAUCUCAACCGCAUUACCGUCGAAAUCCCCAUAGACGAAUCGAACCCGUCCAAAGGAAAAACCAAAAAGUCUUACGAUCUCAACGCUACUGAUUUCUUCUGGAAGCGCAAUGCCAACGUGCCCUUUCCACAAGUAGCAGAGGAUAUUGAUGCCGAACUUACGCGGUAUAAAGACGAUGCGAAUGAGAUUACCAGGAAGACUGGCGCCUCGUCGAUUGAGGAUCUUCAGAAUGAUACCAGUGCUUCGGCACACCACCUGAAGGCUGCCAUCACCCUUCUUCCUGAGCUCCGCGAGCGCAAAGCCACUCUCGACAUGCACAUGAACAUUGCCACAACUCUUUUACAGGGUAUCAAAGACCGUCAGCUCGACAACUUCUUCCAACUAGAAGAGAAUAUAAGCAAGCAAAACAAAACCCAAAUACUGGAGCUGAUCACGGACGAGGCGAAAGGAACCGAUCCGUCAGAUAAGCUGCGCUUGUUUAUUAUCUGGUUCCUAACAACAGAAACCGAAUUAUCUCGGGCCGAGAUGACACGCUUUGAAGAAGCUCUGCAGCAAGCGGGAAAUCAGGAUAUCAGCUCAAUCGCCUACGUCAAGCGGGUUCGAGAGAUCACUCGAAUGACCAUGAUGACCAGCGCGACGGGGGCUCCACAGCAACAGUCCUCCGACCUAUUCAAAGGCUUCUCUUCCCUCUCCAACCGACUGACCGACCGCAUCACAUCUGGUGCUCUGGGUGCCAACUUUGACUCUCUCAUUUCCGGCGUCAAGAACUUCUUGCCUGUCAACAAGGACCUGACUCUAACCAAAAUCACCGAGUCCAUCAUGGAUCCUCAAUCAGCGUCUAGCUCAGCAAUUGCAAAAACCGAAAACUACCUCUACUUCGACCCCCGCAGUGCCAACGCUCGAGGCGCGAUGCCAACCUCUUCCGCUACCCGCAGCCAGACACCCAGUGGCAGUGGUUCUUCCAAGCCAGGAAUCGAGGCUAGUUUCGGGCAACGCAGACAAGCCUUCAACGAAGCCAUUGUCUUCACCGUCGGCGGCGGCAGUAUGGAGGAAUACGGUAAUUUACAAGAGUGGGUUGAACGGGCGAACGGCCAAGUGGGCGGCGCCGCAAGUGCCAGCUCUGGCAGUGGUGCUGGUGCUGGUGCUGGGGGCGCUGGCAAUCCUGCAGCUGCGUCGGCGGGUGGUCAUAGAAGGAGAGUUGUAUACGGUAGCACCGAGCUUAUGAAUGCGUCUGACUUCGUCGCGGACGCAUUGGCGAGACUUGGGAAGGAGAGCUGAUCCUACGUAUAAAACGGCGGCAAUCUACGCAUUAAUCCAUCUUAUAGCUUAUUUGCUUGGGACAAUUCCAGUUUUGAGAAUAGAUGUGUAAUAUCUACAGCAUGGUUUUCUUUAUGACUUAAUGAUUUCGUACAAAUAAAUAUUUACCACUAG